UAGUGCUGCUGGGGCGUCCCUCAUCUGCUAUCCCUGCGCCCGCCGAGAUGGUUGUCCUCCUUCUCCUCCUCCUUCUUCUUCCCUUCCUGCUGUACGUGGCUGCGCCCCAAAUCAGGAAAAUGCUGUCCAGUGGGGUAUGCACAUCAACUGUCCAGCUUCCUGGCAAGGUAGCUGUGGUCACUGGAGCUAACACAGGCAUUGGGAAGGAGACAGCCAAAGAGCUGGCUCAAAGAGGAGCUCGUGUAUAUUUGGCAUGCCGAGAUGUACAAAAGGGGGAGUUGGUGGCCAAAGAGAUCCAGACCAUGACAGGGAACCAGCAGGUGUUGGUGCGGAAACUGGACCUGUCUGAUACUAAAUCUAUUCGAGCCUUUGCUAAGGAUUUCUUAGCAGAGGAAAAGCACCUUCACAUUUUGAUCAACAAUGCAGGAGUGAUGAUGUGUCCCUACUCUAAGACAGCAGAUGGCUUUGAAAUGCACAUGGGAGUCAACCACCUGGGUCACUUCCUCCUGACCCAUCUGCUGCUAGGGAAACUGAAGGAAUCAGCCCCAUCAAGAAUAGUAAAUGUAUCUUCCUUAGCACAUCACCUGGGAAGGAUCCACUUUCAUAACCUGCAGGGCGAGAAAUUCUACAACUCUGGCCUGGCCUACUGUCAUAGCAAGCUAGCCAACAUUCUCUUCACCAAGGAACUGGCCCGGAGGCUAAAAGGCUCCGGCGUUACAACAUACUCUGUACACCCUGGCACAGUCCAAUCUGAACUGACUCGCCACUCAUCUUUCAUGAAAUGGAUGUGGCAGCUUUUCUCCUCCUUCAUCAAGACUCCUCAGCAGGGAGCCCAGACCAGCCUGCACUGUGCCUUAACAGAAGGUCUUGAGAUUCUAAGUGGGAAUCAUUUCAGUGACUGCCAUGUGGCAUGGGUCUCUGCACAGGCUCGUAAUGAGACAAUAGCAAGGCGGCUGUGGGAUGUCAGUUGUGACCUGCUUGGCCUCCCAGUGGAUUGAUAGGCAGUGGCAGUUGGACCCAAAAGAAGACUAAAGCAGACUACACGGUAUUUCCUGCCAAAAUUAUUCUCCUGCAAGUUGGCCAACACCUAAAACAAAGGAAAAGAAGACCUUCCAGUCGUGCCUGCAUGGUGUCCGUUUGAAACCCAGUUACGCUGCCAGUUUUCGUUUGUCCAGAUUUCCUUUGCUCUUGUUGCUGCCAGAGAUGCCAUCAAAGGAUAAGAUGAUCCUCAUCUGACCUACGUAGCCCUAUUUUCCUUCGAAACCUACUACUGCCUAGGGGAAUAUAAGCUACGGCAGGGUUUAUUUAUGGGAAUUUGGAAUAGUUUCUGCCCUGUUUGUUCACAAUAUAGUUCUUGCCAACCAACAAAUCUUCGCUUUAAGAGAGCUACACUAUAACCUCAGCCAAACUCUUGUGAAUCACAGUGGCGUGACCUAAGAGCAGCGCUUACUCCCCAACUCUUUAACUCUCAAGCACCAACACCUGGCUUUUUCAGGAAAUUCUUAAUUGAAUCAAUUAUGGCACGGCCUUAUUUUUGACAGCCUAAAGCUUAAGGUCUCUAGAGACAUUUUCCCAGUCUAGACCAGAAAAGAGCUUCCUUUUCUAAGUAGUUGGUGAGGCUUGGAUCAGGGAAUGCAGAAAUAAAUAUGAAGUUCAAACUGUAAUUUUCCUGCUGUUUCUCAGGCCAGCAAAUAGGUAAUGUAAGGAGCACUACCAGAAGAAGGGCCACUUGACCCCAGUUACUGACCCCAGACCCAUGGAGAGACCUCGUGGGAUUUUUUUUUUGUUUUUUGAGA